AUGCUACAGUCUUUAUUACAGCCAAGGGAUAAUCAAAGACCGAAAAUGAUUGGUGCGAUGCCUGCAGUCGCCGUACGACAUGAGCGGCGACGAGCAGAGAAGCGGACGGCAGGGAGGCGGCCGUCGCAACUACCCCUGCAGCUUGGCCGGCUUGAGGACGCCACCCCAUCCCCUGACCAUCGGCUGAGAAAUGAGCUUUAUGUUUGCGGAAAGGUGGCAGCACUGCACGCGAUAGUGGGGUCUCUCCUUCUAGGCAUCGUGGUGUUGGUGGUGGGGCUGGUGCAACUGUCUCCUGGGGCUGAAGCAGCACAACAUCGCUAUUACCUGAUGGGCGCAGGCGCUAGCCUUGUGGGGAUUGGUGUGUUGAGUGCUGUUCUUAGGUGCAUGUGCCUACACUGGUACAACAUGAAGUUCCGCGAAGAAUACGACGAGAGGAUUCGAGCGAACCAGAAGUGCGUGAGUGUGGUGGAAGGCCACCACCACGACCACCCGCGCAAGGAGGAUAAGCCCAAACUGAAGGCUCAAGCCAGUGUUCAAGAGGUGGACCUCAUCAAACAACCCUCAGUCGCCAGCGACACA